AUGGUUGGCGAAGUCCACAUCAGCAACGAAAGCUCAAGUCUCACCAACCCCACCAACAAGACCACAACCGCACCACUCCACCACCUUCCGAUACUCCAUCCCCACUCCCUAUAUAAUCUCAUAAGCCCCAUCCUUCCAUUUCAACUUCACUUCUACCCACCAUUAAUAAUCACUCUCCAUUUCAUACUCACACACCAGAGAUUCCUCAUAAUGGCAGCUACAGGAGAAUCUCAGCCUGCAAAACACCAAGAAGUUGGCCACAAGAGUCUCCUUCAAAGCGAUGCACUUUACCAAUACAUUCUUGAAACCAGUGUUUACCCGAGAGAGCCAGAAUCCAUGAAAGAGCUUCGUGAGGUCACUGCUAAACAUCCUUGGAAUCUCAUGACGACGUCUGCUGAUGAAGGACAGUUCUUGAACUUACUUCUCAAGCUCAUAAAUGCUAAGAACACAAUGGAGAUUGGUGUUUACACCGGUUAUUCUCUUCUUUCUACUGCCCUUGCUCUACCAGAAGAUGGGAAGAUAUUGGCCUUGGAUAUAAAUCGUGAAAAUUACGAAAUUGGACUUCCGAUUAUUGAGAAAGCCGGUGUUGCUCACAAGAUUGACUUUAGAGAAGGCCCUGCUCUUCCUCUUCUUGACCAAAUGGUAGAAGACGUAAAAUUCCAUGGAUCGUUUGACUUCAUUUUUGUGGAUGCCGAUAAAGACAACUACCUUAACUACCACAAAAGGUUAAUCGAUCUUGUUAAAAUUGGGGGAGUGAUUGGCUACGAUAAUACCCUUUGGAAUGGGUCAUUGGUGGCACCGGCAGAUGCCCCACUUCGGAAGUAUGUUAGGUAUUACAGAGACUUCGUGUUAGAGCUCAACAAAGCCCUGGCUGCUGAUCCAAGAGUAGAGAUCUGUCAGCUUCCAGUGGGUGACGGAAUCACUAUUUGUCGUCGUAUAAGCUAAUCACACAUCACAGAUCAUCCGAAAUAAACAUAUUUUUUAAUUAUGUUUCUUGACGUCAAAACUUGUAAAUGAAUCAUAUGUUUUACUGAAUUAAUUCCUUAUUGUAAUGCGACAAUUUGCAUUGUUUUCAAUUGCAUAUAUAAUCAUG